UGGAUUUUGUUAAACCUCUGUAAUCCCUCUUCUCUCUCUUCUCUUUCUCUCUCACACACUUACACACACAGAGGAUGGAGACGAUGCAUCAUCGUCUUCCUUGCUUCUCUAUCGAGGUGCCUGUUCCAGAUUUCUCCUUCAAUCAGCAGACCUCUUGCUUGUUUGUGUCAAAAUCGGCCUCGUUCUCUUCAUUUUCUACUAGGAAAAUCUCUAUAAGCCUGAGGAAAUCCUCAAUUGCGACGGCGGUUGGUAAAGGGAAGAAGAAAUCCGAUUCUCAUAGCUUCGUCUCCAGACCAGAUGAAGCUUCCGGCUUUUUUCCAGAAGCUGUUUUGCUCAAAGAGAAGAAAGUUCAGGAAGAUGGAACAAUUCUCCCUGAAUUUGCAGAUGAUGAUGAAAGAGAACUCUUUGAACAACUGAAUCUUGAACUGGAAAGUGAUCUUGGACUGAAGAGGAUGAGACACUAUGAAGUUGUAUACUUGAUUCAUGAAGAUCACGAUGAAGAGGUGGAGAAUGUGAACUCCAAAGUCAGAGAUUUCUUGAAAGAAAAACAAGGAAGGUUAUGGAGGUUCAGUGAUUGGGGUCUUAGAAGGCUGGCUUAUAAGAUAAAGAAAGCAAAGAGAGCUCAUUACAUUCUAAUGAACUUUGAAAUAGAUGCGAAAUGGACUGACGAAUUCAAGAGUUUGCUGGAUAAGGAUGAAAGGGUUAUUCGCCACCUUGUGAUGAAGAAAGAUCGGGCUGAAACUGAAGACUGCCCCCCACCUCCUGAGUUCCAUGCUCAAAAUUUUGACAUGUAUGAUGUAGAUGAAGACGAAGAUGAUGAUGGCCAAGAAGAAGAAGAAGAAGAAGAUGACGAUGAUCAAGAAGAAGAAGGCGAAGUAGACAUAGACAAUGAAAGUAACAUUAUCUAUGUGGAGGAAGAACAAGAAGUAGAUGAUUACAUGGUAAAUAAGAACACAAAAAAGCAACCUAAUGUUAGCCAGACCAGACAGAGAUGAUAGAGAUCUGUUCAUUUUUAGGUUUGUUUUAUCUUCCUCUAUUGUGUUGUAUUUUUCUUUGGCUGGAAAUUGUAGUAUUUUGCUAAGAUCACAAAGAUCUUAGACUAUAAAUUAAGGUUUCAUUAGAUAAAAGAUUUUCCUCCUUAUA